CCGGCACCGCUCAUCACCGAAGCUCGGCCACUGUGGAUACAUCUGAUUAGGUUGAUUCGAGAUGUCAUGAUUUAUUAACAGCUGAACUGUCCUCGCCUUAUCGCGCGGAUCACAUCCUACACAUUAGCGCCAUUAUGCCAGGAACGCCAUCGAGCCGCGGAUGCGACGGAUGUCGUAGGCAGAAGAAGAAAUGCGACCAAGCUAAACCAACUUGCGGAAGAUGUAAACGAGUUGGCGUACCAUGCGUUGGAAAUGGCGUCAAACGAUGGAAAUUUCACUCUUUUCAGAAUGACGAUCAAAGUCUAAUCAAACGGCGGCCCAGCAAUGAACAGACCCAGCUCUCAUCUUCGUUGGUUCACAUCCUUCAGACUGAGGACGCCAGGUUUGAUAUUCGAGCAUUUGGCGGCAAACUUAUCCCAGAAAUCGUAGCACAAAUUGGUUGUAGUCCGGCACUCGACUCUUGUGUAAACGCAAUGGUUUCUCUGUAUAAAUCACAUCGAUGCCAGGAAUCAAGAAUUGAUGCUUUGACGAGAUAUGGAGAAGCUUUAACAGCAACCAGAAAUGCCAUACUUGAUCCGAAGGAGAAGAUCAUGAUGAAGAUGCAGGUCGUUUCAAUUAUGUUUGUUUGCCAUUACUGGGUAGACCGUAAGUCGAUCGAACAACAUCGAGAAGUAAUAUCAGUGUUAUUUCGCGAAGCUGUUAUGAAAAAUCAGCUUGACGACUUGGGCGACUACAUGGUGGGACUUAGCCAACUCGCCGUUAUGGCAAGUUUCUUGAACCCUCAGUUUGAGCUAGGUCCCUGGUUCUGGGAAGCGUGCGAGACGAUCGGCACUCCACGACCAGUCAAAUACCACCAAGGAAGCUUCCUGAGCCUAGAAUCUGGAACCAUGGGAGAAUUAUCUAUCUUGAUGCGCUCACCAAAGAAGAACCUUCGUCAACUAAGAUGCAUCUACGACGUCAUGCAGUUCGAGAUGCCCAAGGUCCGACAACUUCUUGCACUAGCCACAAUAUCUACAGCAGCACCCAACGCACCGGCGAUGGGGACAAGAGUCUGUAGUUCAUACAGAGUAGCAUAUGGAAUUCUACUCGCCAUGACUGCAGUGAUUGGACAUACUUUGCGAAUCUGGGACACAGACUUGACACUAGUGGGGAAUUCACACGACUGCGUGGAUGAGUGUAUUGCUUUAGUAGAGCAAUGUGAAAGUGCUCGGCCAUAUGGUGCUAACUUUGUGCCAGACUUUCUCACUAUGGUAUGGGCAGCAACUACGGAUGGUUAUAGGAAUGAUGAGAUGGCUGAGUACUUGGUUGACUAUGAGAAGGAUUCUAUUGGGGCGGACUUUAUGGGGCAGGCUAUGUCGAUAAGAGAACGACUGUUUGCGAUGGAGGCAAGAGAGACAGCAGAGGAAGUUAAAUUAGUUCUGGACCCAGCGCUUGAAUCUUUGGUAAAGGGGCCGGUGGUCAGCGUACAGGAAAUUCAACCAGCUGUCAGUGAGUGUGUUAUACUGUAACCAAUAAGAGAUAGUGGAAUCAACAAUCAAAAGAA